GACGGGGUGGAGGAGGAAGAGGAGAGAGGAGGCAGCAGCUCCUGGCCCCAACCCCCGGGUGCAACCAGUAGGCUCUAGGGCCUUGUGGUUGAGGACACCGUGGGACGCUAGGUUGGGGCCCAGAGUGCGAAAUGAGUCUCGUGGGAGGCUUCCCCCACCACCCGGUGGUGCACCAUGAGGGUUACCCCUUCGCCGCUGCUGCUGCUGCGGCUGCCGCGGCCGCCGCCAGCCGCUGUGGCCACGAGGAGAACCCCUACUUCCACGGCUGGCUCAUCAGCCACCCGGAGAUGUCUCCCCCUGAUUACAGCAUGGCACUAUCCUAUAGCCCCGAGUAUGCUAACGGCGCGGCAGGGCUCGACCACUCCCAUUAUGGGGGAGUGCCACCUGGGAGCGGGCCUCCGGGCCUCGGGGGGCCCCGUCCGGUGAAGCGCCGGGGUACCGCCAACCGCAAAGAGAGGCGCAGGACUCAGAGCAUCAACAGCGCCUUCGCAGAGCUGCGGGAAUGCAUCCCCAACGUGCCCGCGGACACCAAGCUGUCCAAGAUCAAGACCCUCCGCUUGGCUACCAGCUACAUCGCCUACCUCAUGGACCUGCUGGCAAAGGACGACCAGAACGGGGAGGCGGAGGCCUUUAAGGCAGAAAUCAAGAAGACAGAUGUGAAGGAGGAAAAGAGGAAGAAGGAGCUGAAUGAAAUCUUGAAAAGCACAGUGAGCAGCAACGAUAAGAAAACCAAAGGCAGGACGGGCUGGCCACAGCAUGUCUGGGCCCUGGAGCUCAAGCAGUGAAGAAAAAGAGAGGAAAAAAAAGAGAAAGAGGGGAGAAGAAGAAGGAAGGAAGAGUCCCUCGGCUGGACUUGAAUAGACUCAAGGAAAACCUCUCCAGGAGGCUCUGCAGACAUCUGCUCCGAGGACUUUUUGUAUUUGGAAUCAGCCAGUUUAUUUAUGUGCAAUUUCCCUCCCCUCUCUCCUGUUCCCCCUUUUGAAGCAUCCUAUCCCCAUCCCCUCCUUUUAAAAAAUGGAUAUUUGAAGAAAAGCAUUCCAUAUUUUAAUAUGAAGAGGAAACUCCAGCGUGGUAAGGGGUUCUAACGUCUCAUAGGUUUGAUUUGUGUUUGGGUUUUUGUUGUUGUUGUUGUUGUUGUUGUUUUGUUUCUGUUUUGUUAUUUUUUUUAAGAGUGUGUGUCCGUGUGUGAAUGUUCCUUUUCUGCCUGUACAGGACACUCAGUAUUGCAACUCAAGCAACCCAGCUAAAAGACUCCUGACAUCAGUGUGUAUGUGAAGUGUAUCUUUAAUACUUGGCCUUUUGGAUAUAAAUAUUUCUGGGGAUGACAAAGUUAUAUUUCAAAGCAGAAAUGGGGCCACUAAUGUUAUUCCGUUGGUUCAGUAUGCAGUGUUGCCAUUUUAUUAGUGGGCUUUCCUUAUUUGAAGAUAUUCCCAACAGCUACUUGUGUUGUGCACUUCCGUCCUCUAAAAAGAAUUAGUGGAGUUUAAUUAAUAUUGAAGGUGUAAACGUUGUAAGUAUUCAAUAAACCACUGUGUGUUUUUUUACAAAAAAAAAUCUUUUUAUGUUUUAUACCUCAAAGUGUUUUGAAAACAAAAUUGUUAUUCUUGUUUUCAUACUAUUUAAAAGAUUGAGAAGUAAACUAAGUUAUAAAGA